AUGUUGGUUUCUCUGACCGUUGGCAAGGUCGACGCUGGUGUCGCGGUCCUCCUAACCCAGGACAAAAGACUUAUCGAGUUCCCUUCUAUUCUCCUACCAUCCUCUAUCACAUCUGGAUCCAUCGUCGACAUCACCGUGUCUCAGAAUUUUGAAGCAGAACAAAAAUCGCAAGCCGCUUUCGCUGCUCUGCAAAGUCAAAUCCUCAAUACCUAUGGCAUUAACACACCGGCUACACCUGUCCUACGCUUAAGAAACGCCACACAAACAUCGCUCGUUCUGGAAUGGGAUCCCAUCCAAUUGGCGACAACGACCUUACGUUCCCUUGCCCUGUACAGAAAUGGAAGCAAAGCAGGAAACAUUCCACGACCAAUGGACAUGCUGAGCACAAAGAUCAGUGGACUGGCAGUUGACACCGAGUAUUCGUUCUAUCUGGUGCUGAGGACAAGUGGAGGCACAUAUACAAGCAACGUGCUCAACGUGAAAACACACGCUAUGAACAACCUCACCGGCAUAACGGUGACUCCGGGAAUCCUCCCUCCACAAUUGAGAGAGUCUCUCGAAGAGGCCGUGCAACGCAUUGGCGCCAAAAUUGUUGACGCCGUCAGAAUUGACACGACUCAUUUUGUUUGUACGGAGGGUCGAGGGCGUGAUUGGGAAAAAGCAAACGAAAUGAAUAUCCCAGUGGUAAGACCAGAGUGGGUAGAAGGGUGUGAAAGAGAAGGCAAAAUUAUCGGAGUUCGGGGUUAUUACCUAGAUGCGGACCCAAGACAGAGACAGGUCGGAUCAAACCCGUCUCUCGUGGGAAGUCGUCCUUCCUCGAGCGCGCCUGCAGCCCCCGUUCCUCAACAAGCCAAUGUUCCGUCCAGACCAAAAGAACCUACACCCAAGAGCCCAGACCGGGACAGCACAGUCAGCGGGGAACCAGGGCCUGAGGUGCUUCCAACUCCUCCACUUCAGACAGAAAUGCACAAAGAAUUGCCGCCAACGCCGGCUGAUGAGGAUGACGAGGAGAGUGAGGAAGAAGCUAAAGAGGCAGAAAGACCAACAGCAGAACCCAAAGGAAAGACCGAGUCAUCUGAGGACGAGGAAGAAGAGUUGCCUGUCAAAACUAAUAAUCAACCCAAAAUUGAGGAUGGUGAGUCUGCGGAAAUGGAUGAUGUCGCAUUAUGA